AUGUCGAAAAUCCCUAAUAGUGACUUCUUCCUGCAGCCUGGGAACACCGAAGGCGGAGGGGUCCCGUUCCUACCAAGUGCGGCUGCUUCACCCUCGGAAAGGAGACUCAGAUUAACCCAGCCUGUCGCCGUAAGUGUAGCAUGCCAAAGUUCCGAGGAUUUCGAAGCACAGAGCCUUGAUCUGGUCCUCAGAAGCCUUAGGACGCUGCUGGACGCGAAUCCAUUUAAACAGCUUCUCGUUGGACUCUCAGGCGGCAGCACUCCUGGGCCGUUGUACGCGGCACUCAGACAGACAGCCAUUGCACAUGCUGAGAGAGCCAAGGGCCAGGUCUCACCUGCGAGCGGUCAACAUGGCUCAGGAACAACAUCGCAUCUAGCCAUCGAUUUUUCUCGCGUGAGCUUUUUCCUUGUUGAUGAGCGUUAUGUACCACCUACGCAUCCAAAGUCGAACGUCCGCCUGGUAAUGGAGGAGCUGUUUGGGCAAGAAGUCUGGAGCGAUCCGGAAGCCGGCGGUGCUAUGAAAUUUAGGCCGACAGCUGAUUCAUGGCCCCACCCCAGCUUCGACUUCUCAUAUCCAGACACAUCUCUGCCCUUGGAUCAAUGCAUUGAGAAGUACAGAGAAAGCUUGAGCAACUUGCUCUGGAGACACGGAGGUGUGGACCUUGUCCUCCUGGGCAUGGGGGACGAUGGCCACAUCGCAUCGAUCUUCCCACCUCUAAGCACAGCUCAGUAUGAGGCUGCGGUAUGCCCAAAUGUCAUGGUGGUUCACUCUACUACUGACCGUUUUGACGUUCACGACCGCAUCUCGGUAACUCUACAACUGCUGGCUGGAGCGAGCCGGAAGGUUUUUCUUAUCAAGGGGGAAUCAAAAUUGGACACUUGGUUCCGAAUGGAAUCUGACCCGGAGCAAUCCCCACUUAAGUUCCCGGCCCUUGAAGUGAUCAAUAGCGGAGCGUCUUAUGUUGUCUCUUUUCCUUCGAUUGACGACUUCUCUAGAAGACGGAGAAAUGCAAACCGCUCUCAGUUUCGGAAGCAGUCAAUACUGAGUAUGAGUGAAACACAUCAUCUGUCUGUCGUCGUCUUUGGCGCAAGUGGGGACCUUGCGAAGAGGAAGACUUACCCCGCUCUUUUCAGCCUUUUCUGUGAAGGACUACUACCUCCAAACGUGCACAUUGUGGGGUUUGCCCGUUCAAAGUUAGACUUAGGCGAGUUUUGGAAACAGAUAGCGGAGCAUCUUACGGAGUUGUCCACUUACUUCGCACGCCAGGUGGCCCCCUUAAGUAGCAAAUGCGAGGACCUUGUCCAGCGCUUUAGAAGCAUAUGCUCAUACAUAAGUGGAGAAAGCUACGAUGAUGAGGUUGCACUCAAGAAACUCAGCCAUCAUCUGGAUUGUUUAGAAGGUUCAGAAAGAAACAACAACAGGCUCUUCUACUUGGCACUUCCACCGCACCUGUUUGCUCUUAAUGUGCGUUCAAUCAGGAAGCACUGCUGGGCACUGAAGGGCUGGAACAGAGUGGUCGUUGAGAAACCAUUUGGACGAGACAGUGAAAGUUCGGAAAAAUUAUCGAACGAGCUUAUGGAAGUCCUUCAAGAGAAAGAGAUAUACCGCAUUGACCAUUACCUGGGCAAGGAGAUGACUCUGUCGAUCAUUGCUCUGCGGUUUGCCAACGUCGCAUUUAAACACCUCUUCCAUAGGCACAAUGUACGUUGCGUACGUAUUACGUUCAAGGAAGAUAUCGGGACCAAAGGCCGUGGAGGAUACUUCAAUAGCUAUGGUAUUAUUCGGGACGUGAUGCAAAAUCACAUGUUGCAGUUGCUGACUUUAAUUGCCAUGGAGCCUCCUGCAUCACUGAGCGACGAAGACGCUGGUAAAGCUUUGGAGAAGCGCUGCACGGAAAUUCGUAUUCAGCUGCGCCCAAUUGCUCAGUCAUUUUAUCCUGAAGAAGAUCUUUCAGAGAACGAACUUGUCAUCAUCGUACAACCCCAUGAAGCUAUUUACCUGAAGUUCUAUACCAAGAAGCCUGGGCUUGCCUCAGGACUCCAGUUGACAGAACUAGACCUAUCAGUAAUGGACCGACUGCAGGUUGAUCGACUUCCCGAUGCCUAUGAGCGACUGCUGCUGGACGUAAUCAAAGGGGACAGACAGAACUUCGUUAGGACUGAUGAGUUGCGCGAGGCUUGGCGCAUCUUCACACCAUUACUUCGGCAGAUCGAUGAGCCAGGGGUGAAACCGGAACCUUACCCGUACGGAUCCCAUGGACCUGAGUCGGCAUACUCAUUUAUCCAGCGUUUCUACUCCUACCAUAAGGAGGCGCGGUAUCAAUGGCAUGCGAAGCACUGA